AUGCGACGCCAGGUCCUGUUUCGCGCGUGCGCGACAGCGCUUAUCGCGCCUACGACGACGGCUUCGCAGCGUCUAGGCGACGCGACGUGCGACGUCGCACCGUCGCUACCUAAUCUGUCGUCGCACUCGACAGUUGAGUCGUCCGCAGCAGCGGGGUGCUAUUUGGGACCCGCCGACAUUGCACGCGCCUCCGUGCACACACCGAUCCCCACAGCAGCGUCUCAGGCUGAAUAUUUCUACCCUCGUUCGAAACGUCCUCGUUGCGAGGAAUUUGCGCAUGCAGCACACGGCCGCACUCACGGAGACUUGUACCAAUCGCUGCAACAAACCGGGUUUUGUCAGCAGUCAACAGCGCAGCAAUCAUACUCGAUGCUUGCGGGCGGUUUGGACAACGGCGCGCUUUUUGCGCUGAUCCAGCAAGCGGUUGCGGGGCAAGUGCGCUCUGUCGUCUCGGCGGCGCUGGAAGAAGCCGCGGGGAGCAAGCGCCGAGUGGCGGAGCUGGAGCAACAAGUAUCCGCGUUACAAGCAAAUCUCGCUUCAGCACACGGCCUGAUUGCCGCGUCCCAGCGUACCGUUUCUUCUCUUCAACGUUCCCUUGAGAAUUCCGAGCAGCAGCUUCAGCAGGAACGAUUUCGCGAAGGUUCGGGAGACAGUGAUGACGUGGCAGUGGGCGGGACGUGGCAAGCGGAGGGUCCUGCGGAGGAUGCAGUUUCUCAUUGCGACGCUGAGCCUAUUUGCGCGAAAGGGUCAAAUUUUGAUGUUUUCCCUGCAAGCAGGUUUUCAUCUGCCCCUGCAGUUCCAAACCAGAUGUACAAUACCUCCGAGCGUGCUCAGAAUGACUCCCGCUUGAAGCACGUCUGCCGAGCCUGCAAGUUUGGCGAAGCCUCGGUGGUGCUUCUUCCCUGCAGGCACUUGGCUUUGUGCCGAGCCUGUGAGCCACGUACCGCAGCAUGCCCUGCCUGUGGCGUGUCUAAGCACGCUAGUGUGCACAUAUCCCUUGAUAACUGA